AUGGCCUCCGGGAGCUUCUCUUCUUCUGUUCCACUCCUUAUCGGCCUCCUGUCUCUCUUCCUUGCCUCCUCCCCCUCCUCCGCCACCGCCACCAAUAUCCGCCUCACCAUCGGCAAGCCCGCCGCCGCCGUCCCCAUCUUCAACGAAGCUCCUGCAUUCCGCAAUGGCGACACCUGCGCCUCCGCCGAUUUCAUCCACGUCGUCAUGACCCUCGACGCCAAUUACAUCCGCGGCACCAUGGCCGCCGUCCUCUCCAUCCUCCAGCACUCCACCUGCCCGGAAAACGUCGUCUUCCAUUUCCUCUGGCUCCGCCACGAGCCGGAGGUGUUCUCCAGCAUCCAGACGACGUUCCCGUAUCUCAACUUCAAGGUGUACCGGUUCGACGCCGGGCGGGUGCGCGGCCUGAUCUCCAAGUCCAUCCGGCAGGCGCUGGACCAGCCGUUGAACUACGCCAGAGCCUACCUGGUCGACAUUCUCCCCGGCGACGUGAAACGCGUGAUUUAUCUCGACUCCGAUCUGGUGGUGGUGGACGACAUCUUGAAGCUGUGGAAGGUGGAUUUAGGCGGCAAAGUCCUAGCGGUGCCGGAGUAUUGCCACGCCAACUUCACCGCCUACUUCACCCCGGCGUUCUGGUCCGACCCGGAGCUCUCCAAGACGUUCGACGGGCGGCGGCCCUGCUACUUCAACACCGGCGUGAUGAUCAUGGACGUGGAGAAAUGGCGGCAAGGAGGGUACACCCAGAAAGUGGAAGACUGGAUGCAAGUGCAGAAGCAGAAGAGGAUCUACCAUCUGGGCUCUCUGCCGCCGUUCUUGCUAGUCCUGGCCGGAAACAUAAUGCCGGUUGAUCACCGGUGGAACCAGCACGGCCUCGGCGGCGACAACCUGGAAGGGAAAUGCCGGAACCUUCAUCCCGGUCCGAUUAGCUUACUCCAUUGGAGCGGAAAGGGCAAGCCAUGGCUGAGAUUGGAUUCAAGAAGGCCUUGCAGCGUUGAUCAUUUGUGGGCUCCUUAUGAUCUUUAUCGCACCCCAAGGAAUUCUUUCGUGGAAUGAAUUUGUUUUUUCUUAUAUCCUUUGGUAACUUAGGGAAGAGGAUAGGUAUUAUUUUAGGAAACAACAAGCAAAUUACAAAAAUUUAAAAACCCAAAAAAAAAAUUAAAAUAAAUAAAUAAAUAAACAAACUUGUUUAAGAGCCCCAAUGGUCAUAUUAUCAUUAGUCUAACAAUCAAAUCAAAUAUCGGUUUAAUUUGUUAUUAUUGUAUAUACGUUUCUAUCCAAACUAUGUUAUCUGUUCUUUGUUAUACUCAAGAUAUAUGAUAUUCUCUGCAUUUUAAUGUACAAACACUUUUGUCGAAUCCAUGAUAAUUUCCACAAAAAAAAA